AUGGAGGAAAAUCAGACAAUGGUCACAGAGUUUGUCCUGCUGGGAUUCUGCCUUGGCCCAAAGAUUCACCAAAUUCUUUUUGCAUGUUUCUCACUCUUCUAUGCCUUCACUUUGCUGGGGAAUGGGGUUAUCCUUGGAAUAAUCUGUGGAGACUCCAGACUCCACAGCCCCAUGUUCUUCUUCCUCUGUCAUCUGGCCAUCGUUGACAUUGCCUAUGCCUGCAACACUGUACCCCAGAUGCUGGUGAACCUUCUAGAUCCAUCCAAGCCUAUUUCCUUUGCUGGAUGCAUGACGCAGACCUUCCUCUUCAUGGCUUUUGCACACACAGAAUGUCUCCUCCUUGUGGUAAUGUCCUAUGAUCGGUAUGUGGCCAUCUGCCACCCACUUCGAUAUUCUUCCAUCAUGAGCUGGAGAGACUGUGCUGCUCUGGUUAUCACAUCCUGGACAUGUGGCUCCCUCCUUAGUAUGGUUCAUAUGAGCCUCAUCCUGAGGCUGCCCUUCUGUGGACCUCAUGAAGUCAAUCACUUCUUCUGUGAAAUCCUGUCUGUCCUCAAGCUGGCCUGUGCUGACACAACACUCAACAAAGUUGUCAUCUUUGCAGCUUCUGUGUUCAUCUUAGUGGGACCCUUAUGCUUAGUGCUGGUCUCCUACACACGCAUCCUGGUGUCUGUUCUGAGGAUGCAGUCAGGGGAGGGCCGCAAGAAGGCCUUCUCUACCUGCUCCUCCCACCUCUGUGUGGUCGGGCUCUUCUUUGGCAGUGCCAUUGUCAUGUACAUGGCCCCCAAGUCUCAGAACCCUGAGGAGCAGCAGAAGAUCCUUUUCCUAUUUUAUAGUUUUUUCAACCCCAUGCUGAACCCCAUGAUCUACAGUCUGAGAAAUGCUGAGGUCAAGGGUGCUCUCAGGAGGGCACUGUGCAAAGAAACUCAUUCCCAGUUGGUGUAA